UCGGACUCUCUUCCGGGUCACGCGGGGGCGCUGUCUCGAACGCGGCCCCGUCCUGUCCAGCAGCUCGGGUGCCUACGUCACCACAUUUCACCGAAUGCGAUGGAACAGCGUGGAAAAGCGUAACGUAAGGUGGUCUCGAGAAGCGCUGCCAGAAACUUGUGCAAGAUGAGGGAAGCGGCGCUCCUGCUCGCAUCGAGUGUGCUUGUGUGUCUCCUCCUGAGCUUCAGCCAGGCAGCCAGACAAGGACAGGACAUAAGAUGUGGAGCCUGCAGGGCUCUGGUGGAUGAGAUGGAGUGGGCCAUCUCCCAGGUUGAUCCAAAGAAAAUGAUCCAGACUGGGUCUUUCAGGAUCAACCCGGACGGCAGCCAGUCCAUCAGAGAGGUCCCUCUGGCUCGCUCAGAGGGAAACCUCCUGGAGAUGAUGGAGACUGUGUGUGAGAGGAUGGAGGACUACGGCGAGCGCACAGAUACAGCCACAAACAGGAAGUCCUACAUUCGGGUAAAAUCUCGCAGCGGUGAGGCCAUGGAUCUCUCUGAGGCCACGCUGGAUUCAAGAGUUACAUCCAGUUUAAAAUUUGCAUGUGAAACAAUUGUUGAGCAGCAUGAAGACGAAAUCAUCGAAUUCUUCGCUCACGAGACAGAUAAUGUCAAAGACAAACUCUGCAGCAAGAGGACAGACCUCUGUGACCACGCUCUGACAAUGCACCAUGACGAACUUUGAUGUCAUCUCACCAUGCCUGCCGUCUCUGAUCCACAAAAUCGGAGAUGACAUUGGGUGCUGUAAUGUUUUCACUUGUCACUUAUCGCCAGUUUUACACCAUAGAAGUGAUGAAAGAUGUAUACAAAUUAUUAUGUAAAAUAUGACAAAAUCUAUCUGAAGAAAAGUCUUAUUCCUGUGAUCUAUGACAAUUCAAGGACCAUUUUUUUUGCCAUUUUUUAGCCAAAUCUCUUUGGACUAUUUUGUCACUUGUUUAUAUACUGUAAGUUAUUACAUGUCAAUAUUCUGUAUUUAUAUGAAGGUUUUUCGUCUUACCUUCAAAUGCUCCACACCAGAUAAAACUGUGAAAUGAAAUUAUUCUUCCUCAUAGAUACAGGAUUUCUAACAGUUUUCAUUGUGUAUAUACAGUAAGCAUAUUAAUUUAAGGCAAGCCAGCAGAGAUGAGGUUGAGAUUUUGUUAAAUGGUCUUUAAUUAUUAUUCAUGCACACUGAAAACAUAUGUAUUUUUUUUUUUAUCAACAAUGACUGGACAUUCGUACAUCAGUUCUAGCUUCAGUAAAGAGAUUUGAAUGCCCACCAAUAAUUAUUGAACUGUCCAAGAUCACAGGAAUAACCAGUGUUAUGUUAAGUGCCGUCAAAAAUGAUCAUUGUAGAUUUAACUGGAAUUAGUUUCACUGUUGUCGAAUUUACACAAUGUGCUUUUUUUCAUGUAAUAUCACAGUCUUCAAACAUUGACCGUCUUUCACCUCCAGUCUUUAUAUUGUGACCAUUGAUGUGAAAUGUAUUACAGUUAAGAAAACUGUCCCAGCAGAUUAAAUGCUGCUGCUUAAGUGGGCAUGUUGAAGCUGGAAAAAUUAAAACUUAACUUUGUAGCUUCACCUUUUUCUGUUACCUAACACAAUAGGGCAAUGGUACAUAAGCGGUUGGAAUCUGAAAAAUAUGAAUUUUUAUUGCUGUGUACUUGUUUGGUAUAAGAUAUUUUUUUCCUUAAACACUACAAAAGCCAAGUGCAACCUGCUUUAAUUGUUAUAUUUGAGGGGGUUAAUUUUUACUUUUGAGCAAGAAUUGUCUUGUUAAUUGAACUAGAGAGCACUGCAGUCCAUAAUCAGAUAGUUGAGUCCAAAUUAAAGGAUCAUACUCAGUUGGAAAGUCCUCAUGCUGUACUGUCAAUGUUGAAAGUUCAGGAAGUAUUUUUGGUAAUUUUUCAAUGUGUGAACGAAUUAUCUUGUCUCGUGAACAUUCUCCUGAUAAUUCCUUUUUAUAUAAACUUUGUAAGUUUUCUCUGCA